AUGCCACAAUCAGACGCCAAUUUUUGCCGUGGUUGUAAAUUGCCAAUUGAAGAUAAAUUUUUACUAUCAAUUAUGGGAACAUAUUGGCAUGAAAAUUGUUUAGUAUGUAGUGAGUGUCAGCAACAACUUGUUAGUACAUGUUAUUACAAAAAUGCAAAGAUUUAUUGUAAAAGAGAUUAUUUACAACUCCAUGGUGUUCAUUGUCAUCGCUGCCAACAAGUAAUACAAUUGGAUGAAAUAGUAAUGAAAGCAAUGGAUAAAAUGUUUCAUUUACGAUGUUUCUCGUGUUUUCAAUGUAAUGAUAUACUAAAUAAAGGUGAUCAAUAUGCUAUUGACAGAGAUGGACAUUUAUUAUGUCGACAAGAUUUUGAACAAAAUUUGUUAAUUAUGAAUAGUAGUCAGCCACCACAUCAUUACAUUGCAAGUGAUGAAGAUGAUAGUUUUGAAGAAGAAUGUUUGUCAGAAAAUAGACGUGGACCAAAACGACCUCGGACAAUUUUAACAUCCAUUCAACGACGAAAAUUUAAACAAGCAUUUGAUAUUAGUUCAAAACCAUGUAGAAAAGUACGGGAAAAUUUAGCAAAUGAAACGGGCUUAAGUGUUCGGGUUGUUCAAGUUUGGUUUCAAAAUGAAAGAGCAAAGAUGAAGAAACUACAACGACGACAACUACAAGGCAAUGAAUGUCAGGAGAGACAAACAAAAAAUUUAGAUGAAGAACGACAAAAUAUUGGUAAAUAUAAUAAACAAUAA